GGCGGCGGGAAGAUGGCGGCGGCGGGAGCCCUGGAACGGAGCUUCGUGGAGCUCUGCGGGGCCGAGCGCGGAAGGCCGAGACACUUUCGGGAAUUCACAGUCUGCGGCAUUGGGACUGCAAAUGCCGUACCUGGAGCCGUGAAAUACAGUGAGAGCGCGGGAGGCUUCUACUAUGUGGAAAGUGGCAAGUUGUUCUCUGUCACUCGAAACAGGUUCAUUCAUUGGAAGACCUCCGGAGAUACAUUGGAGCUGGUGGAGGAGUCACUGGAUAUAAAUUUGUUGAAUAAUGCAGUUCGCCUAAAAUUCCAGAAUUGCAGUGUCUUACCUGGAGGGGUGAAUGUCUCCGAGACUCAGAAUCAUGUGAUAAUGUUGAUAGUAACCAAUCAAACAGUGCACAGGUUACUUUUACCACACCCUUCCCGGAUGUAUAGGAGCGAGUUGGUAAUUGAAAGUCAGAUGCAAUCAAUAUUCACCGACAUUGGAAAAGUCGAUUUCCAGGAUCCUUGCAACUGUCAGUUAAUUCCAGCAGUACCUGGACUGUCCCCUAAUUCUACCAGCUCGGCAGCCUGGCUCAGCAGUGAUGGGGAGGCUCUCUUUGCUCUACCAUCUGCUUCAGGGGGGAUCUUUGUUCUUAAACUACCUCCUUAUGACAUACCUGGGAUGGCGUCAGUUGUGGAACUGAAACAGAGUUCAGUAAUGCAACGAUUGCUUGUAGGCUGGAUGUCAACAGCUAUCAGGGGUGAUCAGGGGCCUUCAGAUCGUCCCCUCAGUCUUGCUGUCCAUUGUGUCGAGCAUGAUGCCUUCAUCUUUGCUCUGUGUCAGGAUCAUAAACUACGAAUGUGGUCUUAUAAGGACCAAAUGUGCCUAAUGGUAGCCGACAUGCUGGAGUAUGUCCCUGUGAAUAAAGACCUUCGGCUCACUGCUGGGACUGGUCACAAGUUACGACUUGCUUAUUCCCCUUCCCUGGGACUCUACCUAGGGGUGUACAUGCAUGCACCAAAACGAGGACAGUUCUGCAUUUUCCAGUUGGUGAGCACUGAGAAUAACCGCUAUAGUUUAGAUCACAUAUCCUCACUAUUCACUUCUCAGGAGACGCUUAUUGACUUUGCCUUAACCUCCACGGAUAUCUGGGCUUUGUGGCAUGAUGCUGAGAACCAAACAUUUGUGAAAUACAUCAACUUUGAACAUAAUGUUGCAGGUCAGUGGAAUCCAGUUUUUAUGCAGCCUCUGCCAGAGGAAGAGAUCAUCAUCAGAGAUGACCAAGACCCCAGAGAAAUGUAUCUGCACAGUCUUUUUACACCAGGACGAUUCAUAAAUGCAGCUUUAUGUAAAGCUUUACAGAUUUUCUGCCGAGGAACUGAGAGGAAUUUGGAUCUUUCCUGGAGUGAACUAAAGAAAGAAGUUACUUUAGCUGUUGAAAGUGAGCUCCAAGGAAGUGUAACAGAAUAUGAAUUCUCCCAGGAGGAAUUUCGAAAUUUGCAACAGGAAUUCUGGCGCAAGUUCUAUGCCUGCUGUCUUCAGUAUCAAGAAGCUCUGUCUCAUCCUCUUGCCCUACAUUUGAAUCCACACACAAACAUGGUGUGCCUGCUGAAAAAAGGGUACCUGUCUUUCCUUGUGCCCUCCUCUUUAGUGGACCAUUUGUAUCUCCUGCCUGAUGAGAACCUUUUGACAGAGGAUGAGAUAACUAUAUCUGAUGAUGUGGAUGUUGCUCGGGAUGUCAUCUGUCUUAUAAAGUGCCUCCGGCUGAUUGGAGAAUCAGUAACAAUGGAUAUGUCAGUUAUGAUGGAAAUGAGUUGUUACAAUGUACAGUCUCCAGAAAAGGCUGCAGAACAGAUUCUGGAAGAUUUGAUCACUAUUGAUGUAGAAAAUGUGAUGGAGGAUAUUUGUAGUAAACUUCAAGAGAUUAGGAACCCAAUCCAUGCUAUUGGUCUUCUUAUACGGGAGAUGGAUUAUGAAACUGAAGUGGAAAUGGAAAAGGGAUUCAAUCCAGCUCAGCCUUUGAAUAUUCGAAUGAAUCUUUCCCAGCUCUAUGGUAGUAGCACGGCAGGGCAUGUUGUGUGCAGAGGUGUGUGUAAAAUUGCCAGUACUCGCUUCCUGAUCUGCCGAGACCUUUUGAUCUUACAGCAGUUACUAAUGAGACUAGGAGAUGCAGUGAUUUGGGGAUCUGGUCAGCUCUUUCAAGCUCAGCAAGACUUACUACAUCGUACAGCUCCCCUACUCUUAUCUUAUUACCUCAUUAAGUGGGCAAGUCAGUGCUUGGCAACCGAUGUUCCAGUUGACACAUUGGAGUCUAAUCUCCAACACUUAUCAGUACUGGAACUAACUGACUCUGGUGCUUUAAUGGCAAAUAAGUUGGUAUCUAGCCCUCAGACAAUUGUGGAGUUAUUCUUCCAAGAAGUUGCAAGAAAACACAUUAUAUCUCACCUCUUCUCUCAACCAAAGGCACCUCUGAGCCAAACUGGAUUGAAUUGGCCUGAAAUGAUUACUGCAAUUACCAAUUAUAUACUUCAGCUUUUAUGGCCUCGUAAUCCAGGUUGCCUCUUUUUAGAAUGUUUGAUGGGAAAUUGUCAGUAUGUACAAUUGCAGGAUUACAUUCAACUGCUCCAUCCCUGGUGUCAAGUCAAUGUUGGUUCCUGUCGAUUUAUGCUGGGACGGUGUUAUCUAGUUACAGGAGAAGGACAGAAGGCUCUGGAAUGUUUUCGUCAGGCGGCAUCGGAAGUAGGCAAAGAGGAAUUCUUGGAUCGCUUGAUCCACUCAGAGGAUGGGGAGAUUGUGUCCACACCCAGGCUGCAAUAUUAUGAUAAGGGCCUUUCUGCCUGCUGUUCCCUUAGCCUCGGAUGCUCCUCCUCAUGCCUUCAUUUCACUCAGGUUUUACGUCUACUAGAUGUUGUUGGUUUGCCUGAACUGGUGAUUCAGUUGGCUACAGCAGCAAUAACUGAAGCGGGUGAUGACUGGAAAAGUCACGCUACUUUAAGGACAUGCAUUUUCAAACAUCAUUUGGAUUUGGGUCACAAUAGCCAAGCAUAUGAGGCCUUAACCCAGAUUCCUGAUUCCAGCAGGCAGUUAGAUUGCUUACGGCAGCUGGUAGUAGUACUUUGUGAACGCUCACAGCUACAGGAUCUUGUAGAGUUUCCCUAUGUGAAUCUGCAUAAUGAGGUUGUAGGAAUCAUUGAAUCGAGGGCUAGAGCUGUGGACCUUAUGGCUCACAAUUACUAUGAGCUUCUCUAUGCCUUUCACAUCUAUCGCCACAAUUACCGCAAGGCUGGUACAGUGAUGUUUGAAUACGGAAUGCGUCUUGGCAGAGAGGUUCGAACUCUCCGGGGACUUGAGAAGCAAGGCAACUGUUACCUGGCUGCUAUUAAUUGUUUACGACUUAUUCGUCCAGAAUAUGCGUGGAUUGUACAGCCAGCAUCUGGUGCUGUGUAUGAUCGCCCUGGAGCAUCCCCUAAGAGGACUUAUGAUGGAGAAUGCGCAGCCGCCCCAACAAAUCGGCAAAUUGAAAUCCUAGAACUGGAAGAUCUGGAGAAAGAGUGCUCCUUGGCUCGCAUCCGCCUCACUUUGGCUCAGCAUGAUCCAUCAGCAGUUGCAGUUGCAGGAAGUUCAUCAGCAGAGGAGAUGGUCACUCUCUUGGUUCAGGCUGGUCUCUUUGACACUGCCAUAUCACUAUGUCAGACUUUUAAACUUCCUUUAACACCAGUCUUUGAAGGGCUUGCUUUCAAAUGCAUCAAAUUGCAGUUUGGAGGAGAGGCAGCACAAACAGAAGCCUGGGCCUGGCUAGCAGCUAACCAGCUCUCAUCUGUCAUCACUACUAAGGAGUCUAGUGCUACAGAUGAAGCAUGGCGACUAUUACUGACUUACCUGGAAAAGUACAAAGUCCAGAAUAACUUGUAUCACCACUGUGUAAUCAACAAAUUGUUGUCUCAUGGAGUGCCUCUGCCUAAUUGGCUUAUAAACAGUUACAAGAAGGUUGAUGCUGCUGAGUUGCUUCGUCUAUACUUGAACUAUGACCUUUUAGAAGAAGCUGUGGAUUUGGUCUCAGAAUAUGUGGAUGCUGUACUGGGAAAAGGACAUCAGUACUUUGGAAUUGAGUUUCCACUGUCUGCAACAGCCCCAAUGGUGUGGCUCCCAUACUCCUCUAUUGACCAGCUUCUCCAAGCUCUAGGAGAGAACAGUGCCAACAGUCACAACAUCGCACUGUCCCAGAAAAUACUUGACAAAUUGGAGGACUACCAGCAAAAAGUUGAUAAGGCAACACGAGAUUUAUUAUAUCGUCGGAACUUGUGAUCCAGAUCAUUAGCCUUUGUAACCGCUUGGUGCCUCUUAGGGCUUAAGACUACCCUACAGGAACCCUGUACUCAAGGCCGGUUUUUAUAACUGUAAAUGAUGUGUACAACAUUCAAGUCUGCAUUCUGCUCAAGAGAUGAGGGUGGAAGAGUCAGAGGACCCUGUGCUUGCUGGUGGUGCUAACACAACUUCUGGUUUCAACCUUGGUCUCAAGCAGCUGCUUUUGUAUAUGAUUCACAAGCUUUUUUAGAGUUUAUAUUUUUUUAAACUGCAGAAGACAUCCUUUAUCUACAAAUUAAAACCCACCUUCCCUUUCCAAAACAGCUGAUGGUUGUUGGUUUGUUGUAGCUGACCACCAAAAGCAGUCACUGUAACUGUUUUAAUUCUUCCCUAUCACUUUUUGUAUUUCAAUGGCGUUAUUUUGGUCCAGAACUGACACGUAUUUUCUGUAUUGCAAACAGAGGCUAAUGAUUUUGCAUACUCUUUUCAUUAUUUAUUGUGGAAGUUUUGUAUGGUCUUCAAUAAAGUAUUAAAUAAUUUGCCUAGAUUAAGCCUAAAAUGAUGACCAGCUAUUUAAGGAAGAUACCUUAUUUUGAAUCUGAUUCUGAAGCUAAAGUUGAGUAAACUCUUAGCUAAGAAAAUAUUGGAAAUUCGUCAUCUAUAAAAGCAACAGAUUUUCAAAGUAAAUUCUUUUAACUCUGAUUUAUGAUAAUCAAGCCAGACUUGAUCAUACAGUUAGUCUAAUAAUGGAUGAAAAUAUAAACUUUAUUGGUCAGAUUCAGAAGCAUUCAUGCCCGCAAGUUUUGGGGAAAGUGAAAAAUAAUAAAAUCUUGUAUUUUAUUCUGUAUAUUAAAAUUUCUCUUUUAAGGAAA